AUGGCUAGAUAGACUCGGCUGUUGAUGCUGGUCAAGAAUAUAUAUAUGUCGAAGAUUCGUAAAGCUAACUACGCUAAAUUCGAAUGUAACCAAAAUAAUGAGCUCCAUGUCGAAUAAAGAAGUGUGUAAUAUUCUGAUGAGUUGAGUGAGCAUCAUUUGAGUGUAACUCAAGUGAGCAUGGCGCCUGGGGUGUUCAGCUUAAACUGCGAGAACAUGGUGAGAUAAAUGACUGGUGUGGUGAGAUAGAGAAAGAGACCGAUGACAGGUGAAUGGCAAUGACAGGUGAAUGGCAAUGACAGGUGAAUGGCAAUUCACUUCUGAACGGACAAGGAACACACCCAGGCGAUUUGCUGUGUGAAACUCUAAAAACUGCAGAAUCAUGGAGGAUGAACCGAUGUCUCCAACACCACUUCCUAGGUCUCCGAUAUAUACUUUGUAGGGUUGGAAAGGUCUUUUUCACUGCGUUGUAAACUUCUGACUGAAUAAUAAUACCAUGCGAAGGUAUAAAAAUGCCAAAUAGAAGAGGACCGAGCUGGCUCCCUUGAGAACCCCAGAAGUCACGUGAGCAAGGUUUGAGAAUGAACCCUUGAAUGCAACUUUUUGAGUACGUUUCAACAAAUAAAUAUAAAUCCACUUGAUCAAUGUGACUGGGAAACCCAAAAGACAACGUUUUUUCAACAGUAACUGAUAAUUCACCGAAUCGAAGGCUUUGCUGUAAUCUGUACAGAUAACAUCGGUUUGUGUAUUAUUUUUAAACGCGUUUCUAAUGACAGCAACAAACUCAACGAGAUUUGUAGACGUUGAUCUGCUUUUCAUAAAGUCGUCCUGUGAGGGGCUCAUUAUUAAGCUACAUUGGUGGAAUCGUACUUAGUUUAGCUGUACCUCUGUAGUGUUCAAUAUUAGAUUUAAUGCCCUUUUUAUGAAGUGGAAUGAUAAAAGGUUCUUUCCGAACUUCGCACAGUGCACUAUGGUCCAGAAUCCGUUUUUUUUGGCAUAAAGUCGAUUUUUUUAUGUUAAUAUAUCGUUUUUUUCUUAUUUUUAUCUUAAAGUAAAUUAUAAAAAUGUUAAUUAAAAGCUUUAAAUGUGCCACCAAUGCUUAUUGUGAGCUUUUAAAAGUGCGAUUGCGAUCAGCUGAUUUCCGAAUACAAAUUCGCGCCAAAUAUUUACUAGCUUUGAGUUGUGUCACACGCUUUAAUUUAGUCCGAAAAAUUAAACUAAAAUAUGGAAAAUAAUCCUCAAGGCACGUUUGAGUUUACUCAAAGCGAACUUUUUGAAAUAUGGCGCAGCGGCAAUCGCAAAAAUCAAUGUGUAUCUGAUUGGAUAUACACAAAAAUUAAUAAAAACGCUUUGGAAUCCAAUACGAUAAAGGAAAUAGACAAAAAAAUCAGUAAUUUUAAUAGUUACAUUCAUAAACGGCUUCCCAAAUAUAACUACAUGCUUGAACGGUUCAUGUCUAAGCAUACUGUAUGGUUGGAAUCAAAAAUAUCAAUUACUAUUGAUGAAACCUGCAAAACACCACAGCAGAUGGGACGUCCAACCUUAUCUUACACGAAUGCGGGUACAAGAUUAAAAAGGAAAUUGGCAUCUGAGCUCGCAAAUGAAAAUAAUUGUGACACAAAUCUUCUGGCACAUGCUGCAGCAGUCUCUGCAAAGAAACAAAGCAAAAAGGACACGGCUUUUGUUCUAAAAAAAGCCAUAACAACACCCGAAUACUCAACUGAAUCGAGAAAACAAUUUGAUGUGCAAAAACCCAUUCCACUUACACCCGAUGAAGGUUUGGCAUACCUCCUGGAUAAUUCUCUUACAAAACAGCAGUACAUGAACACUAGACUUAUCAAUAAAAGUCGCCAUAGUGACAUUUAUCCAGCCUAUAGUCUAAUAAUGGAAUCUAAAUUACAAUGCCGUCCUGGAGAUAUAAAAGUUACAGAAACUGCCGCCCAAGUAUCAUUACAAAACCUUUUGGAUCAUACUGCGCACAGAAUUAUUAAAAUGCAAGCCGAUGUUUUAAGCCAGUUUCCAAACAGCUCUGAAAUUAAACUAAUAUGCAGCUAUGGAUUUGAUGGUUCAACGGGUCAUUCAAUAUACAAGCAGAAGUUUGAUACCAAAACAACUGGUGAACAGCUUUCAGAUCACUCCAUUUUUGUGACUUCUGUUAUACCCAUCAAAAUUAUAGACGCUUUUGAUCACAACAUAUGGAAUAAUAGAACACCGCAAUCUAUACGAUUUUGCAGACCUUUAAAAAUUGAACUUGUAAAAGAAACUACGGCACACAUAAUGAUGGAAAAGAACUUUUUAGAUUCUCAAAUUAAUAAUCUCAAACCUUCUGAAACCUUCAAUGAAAAUCGUGAUAUAACAGUAAAUUAUGAAAUGCACAUGACACUUAUUGAUGGCAAAGUGCUAAACGUUUUGACUGGAACUACAUCUACUCAAUGUUGUCCAAUCUGUGGUGUCACUCCAACAAAAAUAUUAGAAAUAAAAGAUUUUAAUUCUGAACUUUUUGUCCCAAAGCCUGGAGCUUUGCAGUUUGGCGUAAGUCCAUUGCAUGCCUGGAUCCGGUUCUUAGAAUUUGUCUUAAACAUUUCAUAUAAAAUUGAAUUAAAGAAAUGGCAUAUAAAAGGUGAUGAUAAGAUUGAAAUGAGCAAACGGAAAAAAUAUGUUCAGGAAAAGUUUUGGAACGAAAUGGAAGCGGCAAUACCAAUGAUGGUAAUACGGCAAGGAGAGCUUUUGCCAAUACUAAGCUACUAGCAUAUAUUACCAACUUCAACGAAGAUCUUUUAAAUAAAUUUCACGCAAUUUUAAUCGCCAUUUCUUCCAAUCAUUAUAUAAAUUCGGAAAAAUUUCGCUCAUUUUGUGAAACAACUUUUUUAUUAUAUUUGCGAAGCUACCCUUGGUAUCCGAUGUCACCAACAAUUCAUAAAAUAUUGGUUCAUGGUUACCAGAUUAAUAAUUCGAGCUUAGUUCCACUAGGAUGCUUAGGCGAAAAUGCUUCUGAAGAUCGCAACAAAAUAUACAAAAAAAAUAGAUUGUCGCAUUCAAGGAAAAAUAGUCGUCUCAAUACUAUGAGAGAUAUAUUUCACAGAGCUAUAGAUUCCUCGGAUCCAUUAUUAUCGAGUGUAUCUCUAAGGGAAAGAAAAAAAAAAAAAAAACCCUUCUCAAAAGAGGUAUUAGAUCUUUUGGACCUGCCGUUCACAGCAGAAAAUGAGAAUGAUCUGCAGUGCGAUUCUGACGACGAUCUGGAUAAUUAUAAUAUUGAAUUGGAUGAAGAAGAAAAUUGCAUUUAAAAAAUAAGUAAGUAAUUGAGUAGAACAGAAAAUAAUAUAUAUUUAUUCUAAAUCAACUCUUAAUCAGUUUGCAGGGGCGGCAGGCGUGGGCGUGGUCGCACUGACCCAAUUUUUUGUACAGAAAUUUUUAAUGCCAUAAAAAUAAAUUCUGCAAAGUUUGAACCCUGUAGCUCAAUUUUUCGACUUUAUGCCAAAAAAAAAACGGGUUCUGGACCAUAGUGCAGUGGUCGAUUUAGCCAAUCUGGCAGUCAAUAAUUAAUAUCAAGCUAAAUAAACAAUUUAUGUUUUUCAAAUUAUUUUUAUAAUUUAGUAUGUAAAU